UUUGUACCGGUGUAAACUAUAUUCUUGAUCAAUGGGCUAUAGAAUCACAUUACAGAGAAGUAUACGGGAUCAUAACGAAGUGAUGCCCUUCAGUUCAGGAUUGGUAGGAAGACAAGGGACAUCUAAAGCAGAUUUUAUUGGUUACUUUUGGAUUUCUGCCACCAUAGAAAUUUCGAAAAGCCGUCGUUACUUUUUUCAAAACUUUUUUUUCAUCGAAGAAAUGAGUAAGACUUUUGACUCACUUGAGGAAUUUCGCUUUCGAGAAGGAGUUACUCCCUUUUCUUCAAGUUGGAUUCCUUUGGUGACCUGCGUUCUGUAUUUUACGCUAACUAGAGCUUUCAAGUUGUUCGUUUUCAAUCGAAAGCCUCUUCGUUCUUCCCUACUGCUAUUUCUCUACAAUAUUUCCUUAAGUUUUUUCUCUUUGAUUCUCUUUAUUUCCCUCGGUGCAGUUAUUUUUGAAAAGAUCCAACUUUAUACCCCACAUGAGUUGGUUUGUGGUUCCACUAUUCAUCAUGAUGGUCGCCUACAGUUUAUUUAUUGGUUGAAUUAUCUUUUCAAAUAUGUGGAGUUGUUUGAUACCUUUUUAUUGGUUGCUCGAAAGAAGCCUGUAACCUUUUUACACGAAUAUCACCAUGCAGCAACGCUUGUUCUAUGUUGGAUUGAACAAAGGGAGUAUAGUACUGUACAGUGGGUACCUAUAUUUUUGAACCUCGGUGUUCACGUUAUUAUGUACUAUUAUUUUGCAAUGACUGCCUUGAAACGAGAAUUGUGGUGGAAGCGUUAUUUGACAAGUUUGCAGAUAUUUCAGUUUAUCAUCGAUGUUUUUGUUUGUUCUUAUGCCUAUGGAGUUUUUAUCUUGAAUGGUUUUGACUUUGACAAGUGCUAUGGAACUGAAUUGGGUGCUAUAGCAGGAAUCGUUGUUUUAUUUUCGUACCUCGCACUGUUUGUUCGUUUUUACAUGAAUACUUAUAAGAAGAAACAAUUGAAGGAUAAGAAAGAUACUUGAUCAUUUAUUUGUGUUUUACUUUCUACGUAUUUGUUUUUUUUUCAUGUAGAAAGUGGAUCAAAACGCUUUACAAUAAACAGACUGGAUUUCCUUGAAUCACCGUUGACUAAUGUU